GGGAAACUGAGCAGCUUCCACAUGACUGUAGAGCAGUGGAAACAGAGAGAGCAGCAGUCGAGGCGUGAGUGAGUGAGUGAGUGAUCAUCAUGGGACAUGCUCUCUGCGAAUGAACCUCAGCAGUCUGGAGCUUCAUCCCUUCAUCCCAAAGCGCGCAGACGUCUGCUGCUGAACCUUCCUGGACAAUACAACAGUACCGAAACUGAGAUUACAGAGUCCUCUUUUAAAGUUUAGAAAAAUGAGAGCGAGUUUUUCAGCUAGUUGGAUAUUUCAAGGAUGGAUCACACACUUCGUUCUUGCUCUGUGCACGCAGGCAGGACUGGCCAUAAGCUGCCAACAAAAUGAAUAUAAGCACAACGGGGGAUGCUGCAGAAAAUGUGAACCAGGAAAAUAUCUUUUCGCUCAUUGUGAUGGCAGUUCGAGCACAAAGUGCCUUGAUUGUGGCCGUGAAGAAUACCAGCCGGACUGGAACAGUGACACUAAAUGUAUUCCUCAGAAGUUCUGCGAUGAAGGUAAAGGAUUUAACCGCACUCGUCCACGCAACCCUAUAGCGGCUGAACCGUGUCGGUGCAAGCAGGGUUUCCACUGCUCUCUGAUCAACUGCGAAUACUGUGAGGCCAUUAAAAAAUGUCCUGCAGGAGAAGGAGUCGUAAUGGGCGAGAUGAGCAGAGCUUCCUGUGCACAUUGUCAGUAUGGAUAUUUCUCAGAUUCCCUAUCAACAGAAGCCUGCAAGAAAUGGACAGAUUGUAAAGCUAUCGGCAAGACCGAGAAACAGCCAGGAACCUCUAAAUCAGAUGUGAUGUGUGGAGUCCAUUCUCCUGUUAUGACACCCUGGGUGGUGGUGGCCAUCCUCUCGGUCAUCAUCGUGGUAUCGCUGGUUGUUCUCUUCUUGUUUUGCUGCAAGGAUAAGCUGAACUUCCUCUCAGUAAAUCUACGCACCUGCGUCCAAAACCUGAAAGGAAGUAGGAAUCAGCAGGAAACUAUGACUUCAUACCACGGUGGUAACGGUCCACAAACCCUUCCUCUGAUUUGCCAAGAACGAACCCCCCCAGAGUCCCUGAUCACGUGUCCCAGCACCCAAUUAACCAUUCUUGAUGAAACAUCGACUUGCACGGACCAAGAACAAGACCAAGACCGAGCUGAAACCUCGUCAGGCAGCUCCAGCGAGGACUCCGGAGGUGGGUCUGCAUCUCCUCUGUCGGCCAGCUCCUGCCGCUGUGCGCUUUCCAUGAAGGAGCCCAUAGAGGUCGGAGAGAACGAGGACUGCAGUCAGCUGGUGGCCACGGGUUUGGCGACAUGCUGCUCCUGCAGGCCAGGAGAUGCCAUCGCAGAUAACGUGCAGGUCGUCGGCCUGAAAGAGCCUCUGCUGUGUGAGAGCUGCUCGUCGGACGUCCUGCUGGAUCUGCAGCACUCCCAGGAACUCUAUCUGGACUACAGCAGCCCUGCUGGCAAAGAAGCCAUGUCAGAGAUGAGAGGCGUCCAAGGAGACGAAGGGUUGUAUAUGCAGAACGAACCUUGUUGCUGCAGCAUAGACUCCACCACCGUUCCUCCUCUGCCGUCAGUCAGCGCUAAUGACCAGGGCCUUUCGCUGAUCCACAACGAUGACCACAAACUGUCCGACCCCGACGCGGACUUCCAGAACCAGUGCUCAGAAUCAGCUCUCACAUCUGGUCAGGUGACAGGAAACAACAACACUACUUUUAUCUCCAGCGGGCAGGUGAUGAACUUCAGCGGUGAGGUCAUCGUGGUGUACGUCAGUCAGACGUCACUGGGGAGCAGCGGAGGAACAGACGAACCCUUCAGCUGCCCGGUUCAGGAAGAAUCCAACGAUGACAGUUUUCAAAGCGAGCCCAAAUCUAACAUAACCACAACACCGCAGGCCAAGCGCAGGAACGGACACCUAGAAAAAAACCUGCCCGUGCAGGAAAUGUCCAACGACUGGUCCUGGCAGAAAUAAAAAGCUGCAAACAUUUCCUACUAGACUGGAAUUGACUUUGCCUCCUUUUUAAAUGAUAACUAUUGAUUAAUAAUGGGCGUACAACAGCCUUUAUAGCAACUAGAGUGCUAUUUCAUGAAAAAUGCUAUGCAUUUGUUGACCUACGUAUUUAUAUCAUAUAAAUUAGGUACAUCUUGUCAGUUUUUGUCAGUCAGCUUUGACAGGAUCUCACUCUAAUAGAUCGGAUGACAGUAAAAGUCAAGAACAUUGACCCCAGAAUGUCUCAUUUUCAGAGAAUCUCUAUGUGGAGGAGCCAAAUAAAGAGCGGCUUGGUGCGACAAGAAGCCAAACUCAGGCCAAAGACGAUGAAAACACAGCCAGAUAAAGCACAAACACAUCCACCACAACAAAAGCACCAUGCUUUUCGUUGUCCCUUUCUCUUGGCCUUCUGAAACCGAGCAAGCACAUCGUAGGCUACCUCAUGUCGAGAACCGUUUUUGGAUGAUGGUUAAAAGUUAGUAACAUGGAAAUGAGAAAUGGGGAUGUUGAUUUGUGGUGUUAAAUAUUUUUUUUUAAACAUAAUUUGUAAAUGUUAAUCAUUUUUUGGUUAUUUAUCGUGCCGAUUUUGUGCCGCUAACCCGACAAGUCAGUCUGACUGGAGCAGUGAUAUAUAUAUAUAUACAGUGGGGCAAAAAAGUA